CCCGGCGGGCGGCAGAGGACGCGCAGGGGCGGCCCGUGCCCGCAGCCCCGCAUCCCGCCCGGGCCCCGCAUCUUUGGAGCUUCGCUGAGUCAGGCGGGGCGGGAGCCCGGCGUCCCCCCGACCUUCCCGGGCAUUGGCUCGGGAGCGGGCUGGCAGCGCUGGGACGGGCCGGGGACCGGAAUAAAUCCCCGAGCGCAGCCCCAGCCCAGGUCCCGGCGGUGAGAGGAUGCUCGUCGGGAAGCAGCUCCUCUGCUGCCUGCUCCUUCCUCUGCUCCAGCGGGGGCACGGGGAUGCUGAGUACUGGGACCUUGAGGACGAAGGUAAGACCAUGGUGCCAUCGUCCCAGCACGGCUCUGGCCCCGGCUGCUGCAGCAUCGCUGUGGCAGUGGGCUCUGCUGCUGGCAGAGGCCGUGUCUGUACCCCAGGGGACAGGGCCCUGCUCUUGCAUGGUCCCGUGGGUCCUGCCAGUGCCGACGGCACCGUCUGUCCUUCCAGGUCACUAUCUGUACCUGGACGAGGACGGUGAGUACACGUGCCCUCCUGCGGUCCUGGCUGUCCUCCCCAUCCACCCACAGACCUCGGUGGUCCCUGUGCAAUCUGUGCUGGGGCUCACAAGAGCCCAGGUCCCAGCGUGGCUGAUCCCACGGGGCCCCGCGGCCACGGGCAGCGCCAGCAUGGGACCCCCAGGGUCACGCGUUGAACUCCUGCACGGCAAACGGGGCACCUGGCCCACGCUGGGCAGAGCUGGGAGAGUUCCCCAGGGGUGACCUCAAACAGCCCCCCAAAACCGGGCUUGGGGGGAGAGCUGGGGGCGAGGUGGCAUCCCAGGGUCUGGCUGGUGCUCUGCAGAACCACCGGAGGUGCUGGGGGGGCCAGCCCGCUGCCAGGACACCUACCAGGACUGGAUCUCUCUCUACUGCUGGGCUCCCUUCCACGCUGCCCUCAUGGCCACCCCCGAGGGCAGCCACUGCUGCUGGGACCAGAUCAGCAGGUGGGUUAGCAUCAGCCCCGGCGGUGCCAAAUGCACGCUCGGAUCGGCGCCGCUGCGGUGGACGUGUCCCCGCCCCGGCAGGCCAGCCUCACGCCGCCUCUCCGCAGCACCUACAGCGAGCUCUCCGGCUGCACCCAGCUGCUGGCUCAGCUGCUUUCCUGUCCCUGGCCCAGCGCUGUCCUCGACGCCUUCUUCCUGCAGGUCCACGCCGAGUACUUCACCAACUGCACGGCGGCCGGGCCCCCCAGGCUGGGCGGGCUGCCCCCCGGGAUGGCCGUGGCUGUGGCCGUGGGGCUCGGCUGCCUUGUGCCCCUCGCAGCCGCCCUUACGCUUAGCAGAGCCCGAAAAGGGGCUCAAAUCCCAGCGGGCAGCUGCCCAGCCCCUGCCUGCCCCCGUGCCUGCGAGGGGCUGGAAACACCCCCCUUCCCUCCCAGCCCUGGGAACUAACGAGUGGGACGAGGGUGAGGAGACAGGGCAGAGCAGGGACAGGGGGGCUGGGCGUCCUGGGGAUGGAGGGGGUCCCGUGGCAUGGGGUGAGGCUGCACCCGGUGCUCCGGAUGCCUGCAUCUGCCCUGGGGGGCAGAGCAUCAGGAGAAGGGUCCCAGGCGCUGGGGUCCUGACCCUGCGUGGGCUGAGCCCCUUCCUCAGCACCCCAGGGUGGGGGGCUGGCAGGGAGCGCCGGGGAUGCCAGGCUGGGGGGGGAGUGAGCCCCAGGCCUUGGCUGGCAGCCACCGUCCCAUCCCUGCCCAUCCCCUCCGGAUGCCCCAGGAGGGGGGCGGCCGGCCCGGUCCCAAGGCUGCGCUGAGAUCAUUGGGUGUCUCCCUGGCAGAGGCUCCCGCCACCCGGCCGGAGGCUCCAGCAGCUCCAACAAAGAACAGGACCAGGGGGGCUCCAACCCUGCGGCCCCCAGAGUGCCAGGGCCUGAUGGCUUCCAGAUGCAGCCGCUCACCCGUGAAAGGUCCCGCGGUGCCCCGGAGCGGCGGCAGCCACGGCAUGAGGAGGGUCGGACAGCUCUGCCAGGACUUUUGCUGGGGAACGCGAAGCCCAGCGAGAUCAUCUUUCCGCAGCAGGGAGGGUCCGUCUGAGCUGCGCUUCAUCGCGCUCGGAUUCACGCUCUGCGGGUCCCGCGGGCGGGCUGUUAAAGGGGAAGCUUUGGGUUCGCACUCUGCCCUGGGCCAGAGGUGAAAUGAGCUCACCCGGCCUCAGCCCGGUCCUUGGGUGGGAACACCGUGGACCUGUGGGGCUGGGGUCAUCCUGGGCGGCGCCGCUCUGUGGGGGGAUGCGGGGCCCGCAGGUGGGAGCUGUGCCAGGAGCGAGGGGCUCCGGCAGAGCCGGGCGGGUGCCGGGCUGGGUGGUGCGGGAGAAAGAUGUCGGGGCUGAGGACCGGCAACGUUGGCCAAGUCUCUGCCUUCUCCCCACCUCCCCGCCUGCGUUGGCCUCGCACCCGUGGGCAGGUCGCACCACCGCCCUUCCCUCCCCGGCCGCAGGCGGGGGCCAGGGCUACCCUGGCGAUGCCGCGAGCCCGGGUGAACCAGGAGCCGUGGUGUCAGGGCCAUGGGUCCCCCCGCCAUCCCCGUGCCCGGGCGGCAGCGCCUGUCCGGGGAUAUUACGCUUUCCCGUCCACUCCCUCCGGCUGCCGGGCUGCCUGCCCUCCACGCAGGAGACGAGGGAUUUCACAACCCAGCCCAGACAGGAUUAAAGAGAAAUACACAAGUAAACAAAUAGCGGCCUCGUAAAACUGGACGCGCUGCGCAGGGAGUGGAGCCUCUGGGCCGCCGGGUGAGGCGAGGGCUGCCUGGGUGCUGGGGCGCGGGAGCGAUGCCCGCGGGGGCCGGCACCGCGCUGCGAGGCGGCGGGGUCCCGCCGGGAGAGCCGCUUUAAAGCAGCGCUGAGCAAUCUCAUUUUUCACACGUCUCCUGUAGUCAAACUGCCCCUGUCAGAGGAAAGGAGUUGCUUCCUGUUAUUUCCAUUGAAAUACUUGUCCCGGUCGUUAGCCGGCAGGCUUUUGCAGGAUGGCACCGCGCGCGCAGACGGGCUCCGGCCGGCUCUCCCGAGGGCUCCUGCUGCUCUGGGCACUCCUGGGGACGGGGGUCUGCCACACGGGCACUGAGGAGGAGGGCUUCGGCCAGGACGCCAGGACGAGCCCGCCCACGGCCAUGUACAACUGGACAGCCCAGCUCAUGGAGGAGACGUACACCAACAUCACACAGAAGUGCUGGGAGUUCUUCGUUGAACUGAUGAGGAACGUGACGGCGUCGGAGCUGUGCGAGUGGAAAGUCAUCAGCAGGCCCUACAGCUUUCUGCAGGCCUGCCUGGAGAACUGGGCUGACCACCUACGUUACGGCUACCCCAACGCGCUGGCGGAGCAGUACAUCUUCCAGAGCCAUCAUCGCUACUUCCACAACUGCACCCUGGAGCACCAGGUCUACUUCGACCCGCCCGAGGACGUGCUGCUGGCCAUGAUCAUCGCCCCCAUCUGCCUCAUCCCCUUCCUGGUCACUCUGGUCAUCUGGCGCAGCAAGGACGGCAAGGCCCAGCCCUAACGCCGCUGCCCGGGCACCCCGACCCAUCGCCGGCCGCCCCGCUGCCUGCGGCGGGCAGAAAGCGGGCAGCAGCGGCCCUGCGGGUCCUGCGCCCGGGUACUGCCCCGUGCUUCCUGCUCCCUCGGGCUGCGGGGUCACCGGCUGCUUGAACGGCCCUGGGGGGGGUGGUGGUGGGUGUCGUCCCGCGGGGUCCUGGGAUUACCGGCACACGCCGCCGGGGCGGCCGGUUCCCGCUGUGCCGCGGUUGGCGCCCCUUCGCCCUGCUCCACCGCCGGCCCCGCGGCUGGGGAUUAAACGCUUCCUCCCCCA